AUGAGGGAAAUUGUGCACAUACAGACAGGUCAAUGUGGCAACCAAACUGGAACUAAGUUUUGGGAGGUGAUCAGCGAUGAGCACGGGGUCGAUGCCACAGGGAACUACGUGGGGGACUCGGCUCUCCAGCUGGAGAGGAUCAACGUUUAUUACAACGAGGCCUCCUCUCAGAAGUAUGUUCCCCGGGCAGUUUUGGUGGACUUGGAACCCGGCACCAUGGACAGCGUGCGUUCCGGACCCUUCGGCCAGCUUUUCAGACCUGACAACUUCAUCUUUGGGCAGACAGGUGCAGGCAACAACUGGGCCAAGGGCCACUACACGGAGGGAGCUGAACUGAUGGACUCGGUGCUGGAUGUAGUGCGGAAGGAGUGCGAGCACUGCGACUGCCUGCAGGGCUUCCAGCUCACGCAUUCGCUGGGCGGGGGCACGGGAUCCGGUAUGGGCACCCUGCUCAUCAGCAAGAUCCGUGAGGAGUUCCCCGACCGCAUCGUGAACACUUUCAGUGUGGUGCCUUCACCCAAGGUAUCUGACACAGUGGUUGAGCCCUACAACGCCACGCUGUCCAUCCACCAGCUGGUGGACAACACUGACGAGACCUAUUGCAUAGAUAAUGAGGCGCUCUAUGACAUCUGUUUCCGCACGCUCAAACUGGCCACCCCCACGUACGGGGACCUCAACCACCUGAUGUCAGCCACCAUGAGUGGGGUGACUACCUCCUUGCGCUUUCCCGGCCAACUCAAUGCCGACCUGCGCAAGCUCGCCGUCAACAUGGUGCCCUUCCCCCGCCUCCACUUUUUCAUGCCUGGCUUUGCCCCCUUGACGGCCAGGGGCAGCCAACAGUACCAGGCCCUCACCGUACCUGAGCUCACCCAACAGAUGUUUGAUGCCAGGAACAUGAUGGCAGCCUGUGACCCACGACGUGGCCGCUACCUGACGGUGGCUGCCAUAUUUCGUGGGCCGAUGUCCAUGAAAGAGGUGGACGAGCAGAUGCUGGCCAUCCAGUGCAAGAAUAGCAGCUACUUUGUGGAGUGGAUCCCAAACAACGUGAAAGUGGCCGUGUGCGACAUCCCUCCCAGAGGCCUCCGAAUGGCCUCCACCUUUAUCGGCAACAGCACGGCUAUCCAAGAGCUGUUCAGACGCAUCUCUGAGCAGUUCGGGGCCAUGUUUCGACGCAAGGCCUUCCUGCACUGGUUUACUGGGGAGGGCAUGGAUGAGAUGGAGUUCUCGGAAGCAGAGAGCAACAUGAAUGACCUUGUUUCUGAAUACCAGCAGUACCAGGAAGCUACAGCUGGCGAAGAAGCAACAUUUGAAGAUGAGGAUGAGGUCGAGUGA